CCGCGAUGCCAUCCAUGACUAGCCUUUCAGGGCCAACUCCCCUUUUAAAAAGGCCACGAUUUUCACCCCACCAUCGUUUCAUUUCUUCGGUCUUCAGAGUCCUGAAUCGCCUUCGUUAAGCCGAUGGCCACCCUCAGAAAAGCUCUUCUUAACGCCCAUCGAGUCCUUAAUUCUUCCACCGUUCCCAAUCGGACAACGACCAUUUUCAGGCCACAAUAUGGUUGGAUUUCAAGAUUUUCUUACAGUAAUAUUAGCAACACUCAGCCAUUAGACAUUGAUCUCUCAACUGAAGAAGGCAAAAGGCGUCUGUUUAACAGAUUGUUGUAUAGAAGCAAACAAAGGGGGUUUUUGGAACUGGAUUUGGUUCUGGGAAAAUGGGUGGAGGAACAUAUCUAUUCCAUGGACGAAACUGGAAUUAAAGCUCUUGUUCAUGUCCUUGAUUUGGAAAACCCCGAUCUCUGGAAAUGGUUAACUGGUCAAGAACAACCACCUGAAGCAGUGAGCGUUAAUCCUGUCUUCUCUUCAGUGCAAGAGAAGGUCUUGAAAAACCUCAACAACCAUUCUGCUCCCGAGACCCGAGCAACACCUGGCCAGCCAUGGGUGAGAGGGUGGGAUGAUAUCAAGAAAGGUCCUGAUAGCCCUAUCACAGGAAACCAGUAGCUUUUCUAUUCUUUUAAAGACAGCAGCUUCAGAAGACAGUUAUUUUGUAACAAAUUAAGGUGCAUAAUAUGUAUUUCUUCACUGUUAUAUACGAGAUUAUGAAAAUAAGGAUGGCUGCACUGCUGCAGUGAAGCUGGAGAUAUAAGUAAGCCCUGGCUCUGUUUGGCAUAGAUCUUUCGUGAGUUGAUCCAUAACAUAAAAAUUGUCA